AUGGCUAAUGACUUCGGAUUUAUAGGGAUUGGUGCCAUGGGUUAUGGCAUGGCAAUGAACAUACGUAAAGAAAUUCCAAACUCAUCUACGUUGUUCAUCACCGACGUCUUCCGGCCUUCGUGUGAGAAAUUCAAGGCCGAAUUCAGUUCUCAUGGUCCAAUUGAAAUCCUCGACUCAGCUCGUGAAGUGGCUGAACGUGCCCUCACAAUCAUUUCUAUUGUUCCUUCGGCCAACAAUGUUAGGCAAGUGUAUCUAGAUAAUGAACAUGGCAUCAUAGCAGCAAAAGCCAACCCGGAUCGACUCAUGCUGGAAUGUAGCACAAUAGACGUGGAGACCGCUAGGGACGUUGGAGAAACAUUGAUUAAGGCGAAUGCGGGCCUUUACAUCGAUACACCAGUUUCUGGUGGAGUACCAGGAGCUUUAGCUGGGACAUUAUCCUUUUUGGUCGGAAAGGCCAAAACAGCUAACAAUUCUUCUGACCUGCUGUCGAAGCGUCUCAUUACGGUCAUUUCUGCUAUGGCUACCCCUGAAAAAAUAUUCUACUGUGGCGGCCUCGGUGCUGGAUUGGCUGCGAAAAUCAGCAAUAAUUAUCUAUGUGGCACAAUUCUCCUUGCCACGGCUGAAGCGAUGAAUAUUGGCAUUCGAUCGGGGGUGGAUAAACACGUGUUAUAUGAAGUGAUCAAAAACAGCACGGGUCAGUCAUUCAUGUGCGACCAUGUCAAUCCGGUUCCUGGAGUGGUACCUCAUGCUCCCAGCAGCAGAGAUUAUCAAGGAGGUUUUAAGGCACAAAUGAUGGUCAAAGAUAUGACAUUGGGGGUUGACGCAGCGAAAGUGACCGGCGUAAGGAGCACACUAGGACCAGCAGCUUUGGAGGUGUAUAAAGAAGCCGCGAUGGACCCAAGGUGUAUCAAUCGAGAUGUAUCUGUGAUAUAUAGAUUCCUUGAUGGACCAGAGUAG